GGAACCCACAUAAGAAGGGAUCCCAGCCAAACUGUUGAAACUGUAGAAGAAGAAGAAGAAGAAGAAGAAGAAGAAGAAGACAGUCCUGGAGCCUGGAGCAACGGUUAUCGCAUAAUUGUUGGCUCUUUUUUUUUCUUUCUGUGUACUUGUUUAUAAUCCGAAACUUAUUCAACGACGUAGCAGAUAACUUUACACAAACAAAGUACGAAUCAUUUGGAAAUGAUUUAAAUUCAAGUCCGAAAUGCUGAUUAAUACUAAAUUCAAUAAAUAGUCUGGUACUCUGUCUCAAAGCUUAAGAUUGAAUAAAAAUGAGAAGGAAAGCGGGUGUGGGAGCGAUUCACAAGCAAAAGUUGGAGCAGGAGAAAUACAAGGACAAAGGGACAGAGAUUCAAGAAUCACAGUUUGAACAAAUGACAAAACAAAUGGAAACUUUCAGAUCGAAUUUAGAAGAGUUUGCAACUAAUCACAAGAAUGAAAUAAAGAAGAAUGCUCAAUUCCGUCGUCAAUUUACCGAGAUGUGCGCCUCUAUAGGGGUCGAUCCGUUGGCUUCUGGAAAAGGCUUUUGGUCGGUAUUAGGAAUAGGAGAAUUUUAUUACGAGUUGGCAGUUCAAAUAGUGGAAGUGUGCUUAGCAACGAAUUACAAAACCGGUGGUUUAAUAUCACUCGACGAAUUACGAGACAGAUUGAUUCGAGCGAGGGGCAAGAGAAAGGAGCACCAAGAAAUAACGAAUGAGGAUCUGCUUGCGGCUGCAAAAAAACUACGUAUUUUUGGAAACGGUUUUGCGAUUGUGCCUGUUGGUAGGGGAAAACACUUGGUUCAUUCGGUACCAGGAGAAUUGAGUAUGGAUCACACCGCAGUUUUGCAACAAGCCAGUCUUUCGGGUGAAGCUCAUGUCUCUGCCUCGUUGUUACAAGACAAAUUGCACUGGGAGAAGGAUAGAGCUGAAAAAUCUCUGCAAUAUAUGGUUAAAAUGGGUUUAGCCUGGCUGGACGAGCAGGACUCGAGCGAAACUCUCUAUUGGUUUCCAAGCUUAUUUAACGCAUGCAUCGAUUCCAGUUCUUAAGCCAGCACUCUGCUGCUCAAAGCUUUGCGCCUAAGUAUCUCCCAUAAGAAUCUUACUUUGUAAAAAGAAAAAACUUGUUACCAUAACAUUGAGGUUCAAAAAAUUGCUUAUUCCACUUCCAGGCUCAUCGUUGAAAUUCGUUCUUUGUUCAAUUUUCCAUCGACUAUUAUUAUUAUUAUUAUUAUUAUUAUUAUUAUUAUUAUUAUUAAUAAUAUUAUUUACGACUUCUUUAUUUCAUAUUAUAUCUUGAAAUUAUCUGAAGUUGAACUUUUACCGAACGGAAUUGUUGAAAUUGCAUGAAGGUUUACUCCGAGACUUAAAAUAAACAUCUGAUCGAUCGAUAAAUACAAAUCUUUAUUUUUAUCUUUACACGAUAAAUGACAAUUGAGAAAAUGUCCUAUAAUAUUUACAACGACCUGCAAUAUGGGCCGAACGAAUGCAAGCAACUCGUAUCCUUGACAUUGUCACGUUAUCUCGUCUCCCUGAUCAAAUCUGAAAAAAUAAAAUAAAAUAAAACCAA